AUGGGGCUUAGUGAAAACGCCAGGAAGAAGAGAAACGAAAAGAAGAAGAAGAAUAAGCGCUCCAACAAGGAUUGUGCUUGUGAUUGUGCUACUUCCGAUCAAUCCAAUGUCACAUGUUCGGCCUGUGCUACUUCUGAAACCAGCACCUCCUGUUCGUCGUCGUCUUCUGCAAGAAGGGCUGACUUCACGGCGGUUGGUGGUGGCGCCGCCUUUUUGGUUUUGUGGGUUUUGGGGGAAAUGGGUGACGAGAGGGAAGAAAUGGGUCUCGGAGUGCGAUUUCCGGGUGGCUUGUGGUGGUUGGGGUGGUUGCGCCGCCGUCUUGUUGGGGUGUGGUUUCCGGCGGAGGAAGUUAUAUGCCGGAAGGUAGCUGAUAAAAGUCCCCAAUGGGAUCGUCUUCGUGUUCUUGGACUGUCAAACUAUAAUUCCAGUAUGUCGAUGAUUUUAGUUGAGAGGGAUAUAUGGGAUCUUACUAUGGGGCCACUAAUCGGAGCUUUAACCUUUGAUGAACAAAAGGCAUUGGAUGAAAAUCAGAACCAUCUCAACAAUGGUGAUAAGAUAAAGCAGCUACACAAGAAUGAGGGGGCUCUCAGGAAUGAUGACGGUGAGCAAAAUGAGCUGCUCACUAAUCAAGGACCUUUGAAAAACGGUGAUGAUGAUGAUGAUGAGCAAUUUGAACUGCGUAAGUGUCAUGGAUCAGUGAAGGAACCAGACGAAAGUCAGGCAGAUGUUGAUGCUUGGACUACCAUUCUGCAAAAGUAUGGUGAUGCUUCUUCAAACAACGAAGAUCCCAUGUUCUAUAAGAAUCUAUUGGAGCCCCUGAUCAAUAAAGGUAGCAUCAAGGUUGGGGAACACACCACAUUAAUAUGUCAGGGAAAAUUGGAUGAAUCUACUGUUUCCAGUUCUGAAGAGGAAGGUGAUUGGGAGGCAAGCAUGAUGCAUCAACUUGGAAUUCCGACUGGUUUUGGCGCUAAGAAUAUGUUGAGAAGAGGCUCGACAAAUCUUGAGAUAAAUAAUGAGAUGGAAUCGUACGAAGUAGAGGAUCUUUCAUUGACACCAUAUGGUUUUACAAGAUACAGCCCCAAGUUUGUCAUGAAAUACCUAAAGGAUAUGGGAUGGGAAGAAGAAACUGGCCUAGGCAAGAAUUCCCAAGGCAUAAUAUACCCUCUUCAAGCAACAUGGACGAGUAGCACCACUGGUCUGGGCUUUUUGCAAAAGGGGCAGACAUCACCUCAUGCUGCUUAUGGAGUUUGCGCAGAAACUGGUAGAGAAUCUACUCAUGGUGGUCAAGACACUGCAGACACAAAUGAAAAGGAGGAUGCAGGUGCUGGAGAUCUCUGCAGCAAAUCCACUGACGGGAGAGACCAGGUAUAGCAGAAGCUCAAUGAAGGUAACCUGUCUGUAUGAGCAAUGUAUUCACUUAAACACCACACCAUAAUAUGAUAUUAGAGGCUUUGUCCACAUCAUGUG